GUGGUAAUUUUAUUUAUUUUUGACACACACAAAUUACACCGAUAUUAUCGUAUUUCCAAAUUCACUAUAAUUUUUAGCAUGCAUACAGAAUAUCACUAAACACUAAAUAUAUUAUCCAAUCGCCAUAUUUCAAUCGAGCAUCAUCAUUCGAUACAAAUAAACGCGCACAAUUCGAAAACAAUCCACAUAUCGCCUCCGGUUCCGGUUUUUUUUUUUAGGUCGAAAGCACUUUUGCGAUUGGACAGAUUAGUUAAGAGUUGAUCGUUGUACGCCGCGUUAGAGGUUCGUCCUGAACCGAACAGUUGAAGAAAGUGAACGUUGCCUUAUUCUUUUUUAUAAUCUUUUAUUCACCAUGGUCGUGUCUACGGUCAAUGGACUCUUAGGUUAUCUAAAGAGGUCGCGAAUUAAUGACGAUAUAUAACCGCGAAACUGUAGAUACACGCGCGAAACGAUGCUAACGCAACGCCUGCUACACGUAGAAUGAAAUACCAACGAGUCGACGAGGAAAACACGGCAUUCCUAUCUACUCACCGAUUAGGCGGAGACCAUCGCGGCGUUGCCGUAUCUCCGAGAAUAUUUCAAUGUUAUUAUCGGGACUACAUCAGAUUCAUGUAGGUUUUUUUUUUAACUUAUAGUAUGUGAAUAUGAUAGUGUUAUAAUAGUCGUUUAACUAGUUUUAUCACAAAACUUGAAUGUUUAUAUUUGUGUAGGUAUUAAAUAUAUCGCGUUUGUGUAUAACGACAUAUUUUAAUAUAUUUUUUUCCGUUAAAAACUCCGGAUAUUUACAUCGUAAGAUGAUAUUAUGGGUAAGAAAGCAUUGUUAUUAUAUUCGAAAUAAUUAUAUAAUAAUAUACAAUACUACUUAUUAGUAAUUUACAAUAUAAAUUACAUAAUUUACGUUCUAAUUGAUUAUAUAAAAGGUAAAGAAAUAAUUUUCCCUCAAACAGGUGUUUUACGGUCGAUUCACGAUGUUUUAUAAAUUAAAAAAACGCCAUAUUUAAUACUCAGACAUUUGUUUUGGGUGAAUGGAAUAAUUAUCUCAUCAAGAAAAUGGAUUCUAAAGGCGCUUUCACGGGAAAUAUUUGAUACGUCGCUUCAAAACGUUCAAAUAAGCAUUUUGAAUACUAUAAGAAAUCAUAAAAAAUUUAAAAAUAAAACAUUAACCGGAAUCGUAUCGUCAAUUAUUCACCCUGCAAUAGAAUUUUUUAUAGACCAAUUUCACUAAGUAUAUUUUCACACUUUCGUUGUCGUUGCUAAUGGCAACGCCCUUCGUAACUCAAACGAUAAAUAUAAUAUAAAAAAAUUGAAUAAUCAAAGAGAAAAUAUAUUGAGGUCAUCAAACGAAAACGUUAACCGUGAAGAAAACCACAAUACAGGAUUUCGAAUUCAAUUAAUAAAUGAAUUUUCUUCGAUUUAUAUGGAAUGAUGAGGAAGCGACAACGCCGCCGUUAUUUAUAUGAAAAAUAAACCAAAGUCUGGCCGAAUCCGAAACGUCGAUGUCAUGCGCGUUAACGCGACGGUAAAUGAGCGCGGCGCCAGCUGAUAGCUAAAGGCAGUGUUGCCAGCCAAUGGCCUCGAUGAAUGGCAUUGCAAGGUCUGUCUCGGUGCAGUGCAGUGCUAGUGUGGUGGAUAUGUAGACAUGUGCGGUGAUAGCAAGUUCGAGCGCUAUGGAAGGGCUCCUCCAGGCUCUCCUGGUACAGCGGUAUUGCUACAACUUCGGCUACCAGAUGUCAGCUGGAUCUCAGAUACAGAUGGCACCACAGUCAACAGUAAACACAACUCAGCCCGUACAUAGCCAAGACUCCAAUAUGAGUACAGGUUCCUCUCACAGUGACAAAGAGCUGGAUCCGAAUACUCCCGAAAAAUUACCCAGGACACCGAGCGAACGGAAGCGGAAACGGAAAGCGGAAGACAGCGGCGGAGGAGGUGUUGGUGGACCGCCGGUAGCUAAGGGGGCUGUGCGUAAUCAAAAUACCGAUAAAAAAAUCAACGAAUACUUCAAACAUUCGGGUAACAGUCAUAGUCCAAUAAGGCACGGCGGUGCGAAAAGUCCCUCACCUCAACAACCAUACGCAAUGUUACCACCUUCACCGCAACAAGUGGGGAUGUCGUCCCCGCAAGUUUGUAAUACAGCUUUUGAAUUUUACAAACAACCCUUGAGGGUGCCACCUCAAACUAUGGUACACAAAUUGAUACAGACUGACCUAACAUGUCAUAGGAUACAGGAGUUUGAAACUCAGGCGUCGUCCGAUUUAGAAAUGGCAAAUACAAAAAUAGAUGAAUUAAAAAGGGCCAACGAAGAACUGAGGCAUCAGAUAUCGACGCAACAAAAAUCUAUAGACCAACACAAACAACAAGUGAAUAAGUGUAUAGAGGUUGUCAAAAAACUGCUCAAAGAAAAAAGUUCGAUAGAGAAAAAGGAGGCGAGACAAAAGUGUAUGCAAAAUAGGUUAAGGUUAGGACAAUUCGUUACGCAAAGGGUGGGGGCGACGUUCCAGGAAAAUUGGACGGACGGGCACGCGUUCCAGGAAUUGGCGAGGCGGCAAGAAGAAAUAACGGCGGAACGAGAAGAAAUAGAUAGACAGAAGAAAUUAUUGUUAAAGAAAAGGCCAUCGAAUAAUGAAAGCGGUCGAAAAAGAAAUAAUUCUAGCGCUUUGUUAAACGGAACGGAUUCCGGUUUUUUGAAACCGGACGCGGUACCGGGUUCGUUUACGUUACAGGAAUAUUACGAGGCCGACGAAAUAUUAAAAUUAAGGCAAAACGCUUUAAAAAAAGAAGACGCCGAUCUCCAACUCGAAAUGGAGAAAUUAGAAAGGGAACGUAAUUUGCAUAUUAGAGAAUUGAAACGUAUCCACAACGAGGACCAGAGUAGGUUUAAUAAUCAUCCAGUACUCAAUGACAGGUAUCUACUGUUGAUGUUAUUGGGUAAAGGGGGGUUCAGCGAAGUGCACAAGGCGUUUGAUCUCAAAGAACAACGGUACGUCGCCUGCAAGGUGCAUCAGCUCAAUAAGGACUGGAAGGAAGAUAAGAAAGCCAACUAUAUAAAACACGCGUUAAGGGAGUACAAUAUACAUAAGGCGUUAGAUCAUCCGCGAGUAGUUAAAUUAUACGAUGUGUUUGAAAUAGACGCAAAUUCAUUUUGUACCGUACUAGAAUACUGUGAUGGACACGAUCUUGAUUUUUAUCUAAAGCAGCAUAAAACGAUACCCGAAAGGGAGGCGAGAUCGAUAAUAAUGCAGGUCGUGUCUGCCUUGAAGUACCUGAAUGAGAUUAAACCUCCUGUGAUCCAUUACGAUCUGAAACCGGGUAAUAUCCUGCUGACUGAAGGUAACGUUUGUGGCGAAAUCAAAAUAACCGAUUUCGGUUUAAGUAAAGUGAUGGACGAAGAAAAUUACAACCCCGAUCACGGUAUGGAUUUGACGUCACAAGGCGCCGGCACGUAUUGGUAUCUUCCUCCGGAAUGUUUUGUAGUGGGCAAGAAUCCUCCGAAGAUAUCAUCAAAGGUGGACGUAUGGAGCGUAGGCGUGAUAUUUUAUCAGUGUCUGUACGGUAAAAAACCUUUCGGACACAAUCAGUCGCAAGCGACCAUUUUAGAAGAAAAUACGAUAUUGAAAGCGACCGAAGUGCAGUUCGCAAACAAACCGGCGGUUACAAAUGAAGCGAAAAGUUUUAUUCGUAGCUGUCUGGCUUAUAGAAAGGAGGAUCGCAUCGAUGUCCUUUCGCUGGCGAGACACGAAUACCUCCAACCGCCCAUGCCUAAACAUUCGAGAUUAACAUCGAAUCAACAGCAACAACAACAGCAACAGCAACAACAACAACAAUCGGCAUCGUUUUCGGCGGGUAUAUUCGGAGCAAUGAAUGCGUCGUCGUCGUCUUAGUAGACCAGAUCCCGGGGACGAAAAAAUCAAAACUCGAACAAAAGAAAAAAAUUACAAAUAGAUGUUUCAUGAUUUUUAACGGGAAAUGUGAGUCUUAUUGAAAUUUGUUGCUAAAAAAGUGUUUGAUUUAAUGAAAAAUGUUUUAUUGAAUUUUAUAAAAUACUUUUAUCGAGUAAAAACUUGUUAAAAAUUUUCAACUUUUGUAAAUUAUUUAAUAAAUAAUUAGAUUUUGAAUAUUUAUAACAACUCAAAUAACAAUAUAUAAAAAGUCAAAUAUUAAAAUAUAAACAAAAUAAAAAAA